AUGGCUAUCCAAGACCUUUUCCACUCAACCUGCGCUAGAUUGGAUUUGCACCUUGAAGAUUCACAAGGCAAUUCAGCUGGAGCAAUAGCUGGUGCAAUCAAUCUGCUCAAUAGCAAACAAGUUGUAGCCAUAAUUGGAACACUGACCAUGCAGGAAGCAGCUCUAGUUUCUGAGAUUGGUCAUAAUAACACCAAAAUAUUUCCCCCCGUCAUAUCACUUCCUUCCACUACCAUAAGCCCACCAACUGAGUCUCUUCAAUGGCCAAAUUUCUUCCAAUUAGCUAACGAUAUCCUCUUCCAUAAGCAAUGCGUUGCAGCCUUAGUUGGUCAUUUCCAAUGGCGGAAGGUGACUGCAAUUUACGAGCACAAAAAUGAACUUUCUUCCGCUUCUGCAAUCAUGAUUAGUAUCCUCUCUGAUUCACUUAGAUUAGUCAACUCAGAGAUUGAGCACUACAGAGCUUUCCCAUCCCUUUCUUCUCUCUCUGACCCGGAUGGCUUCGUUGACAAGGAACUUAAGAAUUUGAGAAGCAAGAGCAACCGGGUUUUUAUAGUCAUGCAGUUUUCUUUACAGUCAGCUGUCCUUUUUUUUGAAAAGGCAAAGCAAUUGGGCAUGAUGGACAAAGGCCAUGUUUGGAUUGUAACAGAUGAGAUUGCAAGCCUUCUUGAUUCUGUUGAUUCUUCUAUCAAAUACAACAUGCAGGGUGUUGUUGGUAUUAAAACCAACUUCAUAGAAACUACAAAGACUUUCAGACGGUUCAAAACCAGAUUUCACAGAAUAUACGGACUACAAUACCUUGAAGAAGAAGAAAAUUCUAGUCCUAGUAUCUUUGCUCUUCGAGCUUAUGACACAAUCUGGGCUAUUGCUGGAGCCAUGAAAAAUGUUACCACAAAAGAAUUGUCUCAAAAAAUUGUGUCCACUUCUUUCCAAGGUCUAAGUGGCAAGAUAGAAUUCAAAAAUGGCAUGCUAUCACAACCACCAACCUUUCAAAUCAUUAAUAUUGUUGGCAAAAGCUACAGAGAGAUAGCAUUCUGGUCACCAAGAUUUGGUUUCUCAGAGAACUUGAUCAUGCACAGUGACAUGAAAGAGAGGAUUGAGAAUGGUUCUAUUCAAGUUUUGGGUCCAAUCUAUUGGCCUGGUGGCUUGCUAGCAACCCCAAAGGGGUGGAUACCAGUUGAAGGGGAAAGACCCUUAAAGAUUGGGAUCCCUGCAAGGGGUGCCUUCAAUCAAUUUCUGAAAGUAAGCUAUGAUCAGGAGAGGAAUGAGACACAAAUAUCUGGAUUUUCAAUUGAUGUUUUUGAAGCAGCAGUCAAACAUCUCCCUUAUCAAUUGCCUUAUGUGUUUGUUCCCUUCAAUGGCUCAUAUGAUGAAUUGGUGCAACAGGUCUACUACAAGGUAGAUGUUCUUCUUCUUUUGAACUGCUUGGAUGCAGCUGUUGGUGAUAUAGAAGUCGUAGCGGAUCGGUAUCGUUUUGUUGAAUUCUCACAGCCAUAUGUGAGCUCUGGACUUGUGAUGGUAGUCACCGUAAAGCCAGAUAAGCUGAAGGAAAAAUGGAUGUUCAUGAAGACCUUCACCAAAAGCAUGUGGUUCCUCUUGAUUGUGGCGCACCUUUCUGUAUGCUUUGUCGUCUGGUUAAUUGAAAAUGAACAUGGAGACAACCUUGAACUAAAGGGCAUUGGGGCCAUCCUUUGGUUCUCUGUCACUAUCCUGUUCUUUGCACAGAGAGAACGAGUUCAGAGCAAUUGGGCUCGGUUGGUGCUGGCUCCAUGGUUAGUGGUGAUUCUAGUUGUGACAGCUACUUUCACUGCAAGCCUCACCUCCAUGAUGACUGUCACUCGAGUUCAGCCGUCUGCGCUUGAUGUUGAAACACUUAAGAGAACAAAUGCAACUGUUGGGUGUAAUGGUAAUUCUUUUAUUGUUAGAUACGUGAUUAAUGUUUUAGAAUUCAAACCAGAAAAUACCAAAAGAAUUGCCUCAAUAAGUGACUACCCAAAUGCCUUUGAGAGGAAAGAUAUUGCUGCAGCUUUCUUUGUUGCCCCCCAUGCUAAAGUCUUCCUUGCAAAGUACUGCAAGGGAUAUAUCAAUUCAGGACCAGUUUACAAGCCUAGCGGCUUUGCAUUUGUUUUUGCAAAAGGUUCUCCUUUGGCUUUUGACAUAUCAGAGGCAAUCCUAGAGACCAAUGAGAGAGGACAAGUGGAACAACUAGAAAAACAAAUGCUCUCCUCUUAUAACUGCUCCUCUUCAACCAAGUUGGAGAACGAAGAUUCCAUAGGUCCUGGGCCUUUCUCUGGCCUCUUCUUAAUUUCGGGUUUCGUUUGUGCAUCUGCAUUUUUCGUCACAGUUGUGCGUAUAGCGGGUAGGCAUGUGCAGAACUUGAGCUGCAUACGAGCAAUGUUGAUCAACACAAGAAUUUGGAAAUGGACUUCUAUAUCCUUAGCCAUGAGCUGCAGAAAACCUAAAAGCUACUGCUCCACAAGAAGCUCCAUGGUGAAGCCAAACAGCCAAGGAGAAAAGCUUGAUGAGCUAGAACACAAUUCAAUGAGUACUGGAAUGGUAAUUAUUACUCAACACUGA